GGCGGCGGCGCGCGCGGGCAUGUACAAGGUGUCAGCCGGGAUAAAAACCUCUUUGAACCAAAUGUUUCCCACAUAGAUUCCAAAGUAAGAACGAGGAAUAGAAAGAGACCGGCAGAUAUCUCUUCUUCCAGCUUUUCUUCCCCUUCCCCCUUCCCGAAAGUCAUGAGGACGGUAGCCUCCGGCUUGAGAAUUCUAUCCCAGAGCACUCGCGCACUUCCUUUCUACCCCGGACCUUCUGCACGCAUAGCAUCCCAGUGCAUACCAAGAACUGUCGUCCCCAGAAGCUUCGUAGCAGCCAUCCCUUCGAGCAUUCGCAGGUUCGGCGCCAUGUCUGACAGCGCCGCCGAAGAGCCCCAGGCGGCGGCCACCGCUGCUCAAUCGACGGAGCAGGCUGCUCCGGCCCAGCCCGAGUUGCCGCCUCUCACGCCGGCCGAGUUCAGGACAUACAACCACAUGGCGGAAAAGAUGGAAUACUUUCACAACUACUUCCGCCAGGAGUGGACGCUGCUCCACGACGCCGCCACCAGCGGCCGGCGCCCGCGGAACAUGACGCUCAAGCAGUUCCUCGAGGCGGGCCUGGGCUUCGCGCGGCACCUGACGGCGCACCACAACAUCGAGGAGGUGCACGUGUUCCCCAUGCUCGCGGAGCGUAUGCCCGAGUUCCGCGGCGGCCGCGCCGAGCUGCUGCGCCAGCACAAGGAGAUCCACAAGGGGCUCGACGUCUUCGAGGCCUACCUCCACAGCUGCCUCGACCGCGAGACGGAGCUCGAGCUCGGCGUCCUGCGCGAAAAGAUGGACGGCUGGGGCGGCGUGCUCUGGACCCACCUCGACCAGGAGGUCGCCACGCUCGGCGCCGAGAACAUGAGGCGGUACUGGACGAUGGAGGAGAUGAGAAGGAUGCGCAUGUGAUUUCUUUUUUGUUCCGGUCGCGCGCUCCCUCCACCGUAUGCGCGCGUCCGCCGCGUUCUGCGGGUCGCGGAGAGGGGGGGGGAAGAGGGUUGGUUCUAUAUGGGUUCGGCGUUUGGGGCAAAUGAUGCCCGGGGAUAGCGGCAUGGGUCUUUGUGUGUGGUUUGAAAGGUAUCGACUUCUAUUUGUAUCAUGAACACCGGAAAUACGAAAUCCGCAUCUAAAUUCCCUGCGGGGUGGUCUCACGCAAUCUCGCAACAUUCGGGCACCAUCUCUCUCUCUCUCUCUCUCUCUCUCUCUCGACGCGAUACAAUAGCGGCCGCAACUUCGUCGGCCGCUGUUCUAUGCUUGCCCUUUGUUUUACUCCUCGUUC